AUUUUGCUUCUCUAAGAGCAAAAGAAAAAAAAAAUUAAAAAUCAUAAAUCAAAAGAGAAGCUUUGAAAAAGAGGAAGAGAAAUCGUGAAAAAAAGGUUCGCCGUUUGUGAUCGGCGCCGUCUUGUUGAAUUCAACAUCGUUACUGAAUUGCGAGUUGAAAGGCCACCGGAAGGUAGUUUGCCAGUUCGUUUUCGCUCCGAUCUGAGUCGUUGAGUUUGGCUUUCCUCGACUCGUUCGUGUCUCGGAUGAGUUGGUAGAGGAAAGAUCGCUGCACUGGAAUCGUAAUGGCUGCGCCAGUUAACAUUAUUGUAGGGACUCAUGUAUGGGUCGAAGAUCCAGUGCUUGCCUGGAUUGGUGGAGAAGUUUUUAAAAUCAGUGGCGAAGACGUUCAUGUUCAGACCACAGAUGGGAAAACUGUUGUCACAAAUAUCUCCAAGGUAUUCCCAAAAGAUACUGAAGCACCACCUGGAGGUGUAGAUGACAUGACAAAGCUUUCAUAUUUGCAUGAACCAGGAGUUCUGCAUAAUUUGGCUGCCAGAUAUGAACUUAAUGAAAUCUAUACGUAUACUGGAAACAUCCUGAUUGCUAUAAACCCAUUCCAAAGAUUGCCACAUCUAUAUGAUACUCACAUGAUGGAACAAUACAAAGGAGCUGCUUUUGGAGAGCUAAGCCCUCAUGUCUUUGCUAUUGCAGAAGUUGCAUAUAGGGCAAUGAUCAACGAGGGAAAAAGCAACUCAAUUCUUGUUAGUGGAGAAAGUGGUGCUGGUAAGACGGAGACUACAAAGAUGCUCAUGCGGUACCUUGCUUACCUUGGUGGUCGAUCUGGAGUGGAGGGGCGGACAGUUGAGCAACAAGUUCUAGAAUCUAAUCCAGUUCUUGAAGCUUUUGGAAAUGCAAAAACUGUCAGGAACAACAACUCAAGUCGUUUCGGUAAAUUUGUUGAAAUUCAGUUUGACAAGAAUGGGAGGAUCUCUGGAGCAGCUGUGCGUACUUAUUUGCUAGAAAGGUCUCGUGUCUGCCAAAUUUCAGAUCCUGAGAGAAACUAUCAUUGCUUUUAUCUUCUCUGUGCUGCACCACCUGAGGUUAGAGAAAAGUACAAGUUGGGAAACCCAAAGACCUUCCAUUACCUAAAUCAAUCUAACUGCUAUGCACUGGAUGGGGUAGAUGAUGCUCAGGAAUAUCUUGCGACUAGAAGGGCCAUGGAUAUAGUUGGAAUCAGUGAGGAAGAACAGGAGGCAAUCUUUAGGGUAGUAGCUGCAAUUCUACAUCUUGGGAAUAUUGAAUUUGCAAAGGGGGUAGAUGUUGACUCUUCUGUCCUCAAGGAUGAAAAUUCUCGGUUUCAUCUCAAUAUGACAGCUGAACUACUUAGGUGUGAUGCAAAGACCUUGGAAGAUGCACUAAUAAAGCGUGUAAUGGUUACACCAGAAGAAAUUAUUACAAGAACUCUUGAUCCUGUUGCUGCUCUGGGUAGUAGGGAUGCCUUUGCUAAAACUAUUUAUUCUCGCUUGUUUGAUUGGCUUGUAGAUAAAAUUAACUUCUCAAUUGGGCAAGAUCCGAACUCGAAGACAUUAAUUGGAGUACUUGAUAUUUAUGGUUUUGAAAGCUUUAAGUUCAAUAGUUUUGAGCAGUUCUGUAUCAAUUUUACAAAUGAAAAGCUGCAACAACAUUUCAACCAGCAUGUCUUUAAGAUGGAGCAGGAAGAAUAUACCAAAGAAGAAAUCAAUUGGAGCUACAUAGAGUUUGUUGAUAACCAGGAUGUGUUGGAUUUGAUAGAGAAGAAACCAGGAGGAAUUAUAGCACUUCUGGAUGAAGCCUGUAUGUUCCCUAAAUCUACACAUGAAACAUUUGCUCAGAAGUUGUACCAGACAUUCAAAAACAACAAGCGUUUCAUCAAACCUAAACUUUCUCGGACUAAUUUUACUAUAUCGCACUAUGCUGGGGAGGUAGUUUAUCUGGCUGAUCUGUUCCUUGACAAAAACAAAGAUUAUGUAGUGGCAGAACAUCAGGAUCUGUUGACAGCCUCUAAGUGCCCAUUUGUAGCUGCUCUAUUUCCUCCCUCUCCAGAGGAGUCAUCAAAAUCCUCCAAAUUUUCUUCCAUUGGAACACGCUUUAAGCAACAACUUCAAGCUCUGAUGGAGACACUAAAUUCAACAGAACCUCACUAUAUCAGAUGUGUGAAACCAAACAAUGUCCUCAAGCCUGCAAUUUUUGAGAAUGCAAAUAUAAUUCAGCAAUUACGCUGUGGUGGUGUUCUUGAGGCAAUCAGAAUCAGCUGUGCUGGAUACCCUACAAGAAGAACAUUCUAUGAGUUUCUUCACCGUUUUGGUGUUCUUGCUCCUGAAGUGUUGGAUGGGAAUUAUGACGACAAGGUUGCAUGUCAAAUGAUUCUGGAUAAAAUGGGACUGAAAGGUUAUCAGAUAGGUAAGGCAAAAGUUUUCCUUAGAGCUGGUCAAAUGGCUGAGCUAGAUGCAAGGAGGGCAGAGGUGCUUGGAAAUGCUGCUAGAACCAUUCAGAGGCAAAUUCGCACAUAUAUUGCUCGCAAAGAAUUCCUUGCAUUUCGAAAAGCUGCUAUUGUAUUGCAAUCUCAUUGGCGAGGUAUUCUAGCCUGCAAACUGUAUGAACAGCUUAGAAGGGAAGCAGCUGCUUUGAAGAUUCAGACGAACUUCAGACUAUACAUUGCUAGGGAAUCCUAUCUAACACUAAGGUUGUCUGCCAUCACAUUGCAGACAGGCUUAAGGGCAAUGACAGCUCGUAACGAGUUCAGAUUUAGAAAACAAACUAAGGCUGCAAUCAUUGUUCAGGCUUAUUUGCGCUGUCACAUUGCAUACUCAUACUAUAAGAGUCUUCAAAAAGCGGCAAUAAUUACUCAAUGUGACUGGAGGAGACGGGUUGCACGGAGAGAGCUCAGAAAGCUCAAGAUGGCUGCCCGUGAAACUGGGGCCCUUAAAGAAGCAAAAGACAAACUGGAAAAACGUGUUGAAGAACUUACAUGGCGUUUACAGCUUGAAAAGCGUUUAAGGACUGAUUUAGAAGAAGAAAAGGCACAAGAAAUUGCCAAGCUGCAGGAUGCUUUGCAUGCUAUGCAAAUGCAAGUAGAGGAGGCAAAUGCUAGAGUCAUAAAAGAACAAGAGGCUGCUCGGAAAGCAAUUGAAGAAGCACCUCCAAUCAUCAAGGAAACUCCUGUUAUAGUUCAAGACACAGAAAAGGUUGAUCGGCUUACAGCUGAAGUAGAGAGUUUGAAGGCUUCGCUGCUAUCAGAAAGACAAGUAGCAGAGGAGGCCAGGAAAGCUUGUACAGAUGCUGAGGCAAGAAAUACAGCACUGGUCAAGAAACUUGAAGAUGCAGAACGAAAAGUGGAUCAGCUUCAGGAAUCUGUGCAGAGAUUGGAAGAGAAACUUUCAAAUUCAGAAUCUGAGAUUCAAGUCCUUCGUCAGCAAGCAUUGACCAUCUCACCAACUGGGAAAUCUACACGACAUAGACCAAUGUUUAUUCCGAGAACACCAGAGAAUGGAAAUGUUAUUAAUGGAGAAACAAAGAUUACAUCAGACACGACUCUUGCUAUAGCAAAUGCACGUGAGCCAGAAUCAGAGGAAAAACCACAGAAAUCUCUCAAUGAAAAGCAGCAGGAGAACCAGGACUUGUUGAUCAAGUGUAUAUCACAAAACUUGGGAUUUUUUGGUGGCAAACCAGUUGCUGCCUGUGUCAUAUACAAAUGCCUUCUUCAUUGGAGGUCAUUUGAAGUUGAAAGAACUAGUGUUUUUGACCGCAUUAUUCAAACAAUAGCUUCAGCUGUUGAAGUCCAGGAUAAUAAUGAUGUCUUAGUAUAUUGGUUGUCUAAUUCAUCAACAUUGUUGUUGCUACUACAACAUACACUGAAAGCAAGUGGAGCUGCUAGUUUGACCCCACAAAGGCGGAGAACAGCAUCAGCUUCUCUGUUUGGAAGAAUGUCUCAAGGGCUACGAGGAUCUCCACAAAGUGCUACGAUCUCAUUUUUAAAUGGGCGUGGACUGAGCAGACUUGAAGACUUGCGGCAAGUUGAGGCCAAGUAUCCAGCACUACUCUUUAAACAACAGCUCACAGCCUUCCUUGAGAAGAUUUAUGGAAUGAUAAGAGACAACCUGAAGAAGGAGAUCUCACCGCUGCUUGGAUUAUGUAUUCAGGCACCCAGGACAUCACGAGCAAGUUUGGUAAAAGGACGUUCUCAAGCGAAAGCAAAUGCUGUUGCUCAGCAAGCUUUAAUAGCUCAUUGGCAAAGCAUUGUGAAAAGCUUAAACUCUUAUUUGAAUAUAAUGAAGGCAAACUAUGUACCUCCCUUCUUAGUCCGCAAGGUAUUCACUCAGAUAUUUUCCUUCAUCAAUGUUCAGCUAUUUAACAGUCUUCUUCUGCGGCGUGAGUGUUGCUCGUUUAGUAAUGGAGAGUAUGUGAAAGCAGGGCUGGCAGAAUUAGAACAGUGGUGUUCUGAGGCAACUCAGGAAUAUGCAGGUACAGCUUGGGAUGAAUUGAAACAUAUAAGGCAAGCUGUUGGAUUCCUGGUCAUACAUCAAAAGCCCAAAAAGACCUUGAAUGAAAUAACCAAAGAACUUUGCCCAGUGCUCAGCAUACAGCAACUAUACAGGAUUAGCACAAUGUACUGGGAUGACAAAUAUGGCACACAUACUGUGUCAUCAGAGGUUAUUUCAAGCAUGAGAGUUAUGAUGACUGAGGACUCCAACAAUGCUGUUAGCAGCUCUUUCCUACUAGAUGAUGACUCAAGCAUCCCGUUCACGGUUGAUGACAUCUCCAAAUCAAUGCCACAAGUAGAGAUUGCUGAUAUUGAACCUCCACAAUUAAUACGUGAAAAUUCAGGUUUUGGGUUCUUACUUCCACGUUCAGAGUAAAUAUCAUAUUGUUCAAGUUUUGGGUCAUGGAUUCCCAGGAUUUUAGUCUCAUGGAUGCUCUGCACUUCAAUCGUCGUGCAAUCAUCACACCAGUCCUGUGCAUAUAAUUACAUGAUUUGUCACCUCCACAUGUAUAAUACUUUUUUCUUCCAUUUCCCUAGCAACUCAGUCUUUGGGGUUUGGUUCAUACAUCAUUCUUUUUCCCCCUUGUUCCAGGAACGAGGGGUAUUUAUUUGUUGAGAAGCCAUAUCACCAGUAGUGUGAUAAGGUGCGAUUAUAGCAAUAGGUUUGCCUCAAGCCCUCAACGGGCUUGUCAUUUUUUUGUUUGAUUUUUUAGUACCUUUUGGGACAAGGUGCUCCUCAAGGUACGACUGUUUUUGUUUGGUUUGCGGGUUUUUGCCAAUUUUCGAGUGUAAUUAAUAACAGCUUCAUUUUAUAGGUUGCUGUUUUUUGUAUGCAAGUAUGAGGAAUCCAAUUUGUAUUUAGUGAUGUAAAUUCAAUUUUCUUUGGGUUAAGGAAAUGAAUCUACCCUUGUGAG